AUGCCAGUCGAUCCAGCUACUUUUAAAUUUGAUACUCCACAAUUCGACCCAAGAUUCCCAAACCAAAACCAAUCCAAACACUGUGCUCAAGCCUACGUUGAUUACCAUAAAUGUGUCAAUGUGAAAGGUGAAGAAUUUGAACCAUGCAAAAUCUUUUUCAAAACUUUCACUUCAUUAUGUCCAUUAGAUUGGGUUGAAAAAUGGGACGACCAAAGAGCUGCUGGUAAAUUCCCAGUCAACAUGGACGCUUAG